AUGUCGUCAGAAACCUACCAAGCCGAAGCCGAGGCUGUUGCUCCCCACCCGCAACACCCAUCGUCGCGACCGCAAGCCGACCACCCACAACCCGAAUCCCGCGACCCAGAGCUGAAGAAUGACGGCAUACCACCGCAGGCCGACCAAUUGACCACUCAUCUCUCUCCGAACGCUGCCCUGACCACUCCUACAACGCCCACCGUUACCAGCCCAGAGAUUGCGACUGCGUCAACUCCUCUCACAGCCAUAACCUCUGCGACAACGUCACCUCCUUCAGCCAACCGCCAGCGCGCAUCUACAUCCGGUCCCCUUGAGCUCGACACUGCCUUGAGCCAUCCGGGCUCUGUUCGCAUUAAUGUUAAGGGCGCAUUCAUUGUCGAACAUGGCAGCGCUUCGCCGCCACCGACACCAAGUGGAAGCAGCAGCCGCGGUGGUUCACCAAGUCGUCAAGAGUCUAAGGACAUCAGAUUACCGAACCACACUGCGGUAGUAAGCCAUAUCGCGGUUGAUAUCGGCGGUUCUCUGGCUAAACUUGUGUACUUCUCCCGCGAGCCACACUCCACGGAACCAGGUGGACGUCUCAACUUCGUCAGCUUCGAAACCGACCACAUUAAUGACUGUCUCGAGUUCAUGCGCGCCCUCAAGCGCAAACACGAAACGCUUAAUGGAUCCGACAUUGUCCCCGAGCUGUGCGUCAUGGCCACGGGCGGCGGCGCAUACAAGUAUUACGACAUGAUUCGCGACGUUUUGGGAGUCGAUGUCAUCCGUGAAGAUGAGAUGGAGUGUCUAAUAAUAGGACUUGACUUCUUCAUCACCGAGAUCCCCCGCGAAGUCUUCACCUACUCAGAACAAGACCCAAUGAACUUCGUUGAUCCCUCCACCCACGGAUAUCCAUACCUCCUGGUAAAUAUCGGUUCCGGAGUGUCGUUCCUUAAAGUAACAGGGCCUCGGGACUAUCAGCGCGUAGGCGGAACGUCACUCGGCGGCGGCACGCUUUGGGGCCUGCUCAGUCUCCUCACCGGGGCUCGUAGCUUCGAUGAGAUGCUGGACAUGGCAUCCAAGGGUGACAACAGCAAAGUCGACAUGCUCGUCGGAGACAUCUACGGUACCGACUACGGCAAGAUCGGGCUCAAGAGCACCACCAUUGCCAGCUCUUUCGGAAAGGUUUUCCGUUUGAAGCGACAAGCCGAGACGGAAGCCGAGGACAGCGGUGGCCUUAGCCCGGUCGACGUUGACGAGGUGCUAUCCAGCGCCGCCGAGGCCGACGGCCCCUCUACAUCAUCAACAACAUUACCUGGCAAUAAGCUCUUUUCGAGCGCCGACGUAUCGGUUUCCUUGCUGUACGCGAUCAGUAACAACAUCGGACAGCUCGCCUAUCUGCAGAGUCAGAUACACGAACUCAGCCACAUCUACUUUGGUGGAUCAUUCAUCAGGGGACACCCGCAAACCAUGAACACGCUCAGCUACGCCAUCAAGUUCUGGAGUAAGGGCGCCAAGCAGGCGUACUUCCUCCGACACGAGGGCUACCUGGGAGCCGUCGGCGCGUUCCUGAAGCGGCAGCCUCAGAAUUGGGGCCGUAGGGGAAGCUUCGAUCAGGCUGCCGCCAUGGAAGCGCGGAUGCAUGCUCGGACGAGGACGAGGGACGCUGACGACGAAUGA